AUGCGUCACAAAAUAGUCCAGGACGGUUCCACAAAGGUCUUCAAAUUCGUAAACAUGUGCUCCGAAAAGGUCCUGGGGGAGCCGGCUUCAAACUGGGUGCAACAUGUCCAAGACACACUGAGCGACGUAGAAAAGCUGUGUUAGGGCUCUUGAAUAUUACUUAUGUAAGUAUGGGGCCUCUGCCUCUCAUCUCUUUCGCAGGUUGGUUCUUCUCUAGAGAAUGCUUUCACGUCAUGCCCCUUGGAAGGUAAUCUUCCGCUACCACAUUUGUUCGGGGUCAGGAUGAUCACUAUUUGCUCAAAUAAUUACUCGGCAAUACCAUUUUGCACAGGGUCACCAGGAUAUUAAUCAUUAUCCUGCAGACCAGUUCGGCUGCAUCUACUUCAUGAGGCCUAGGGCUAAUAGAAAUUCAGUUUUUCGAGUACUUAGUUGCCUCCUACUUUUUUUUGAUUUUGAGUAGCCCUAGUUGUGCUCGAAAGGGUGUCGUGCGGCCAAAAAAACACUUUUCUAUGUUCGCUUUUGGCACAGUGUUGCUCCAUAAUGAAUAUCCAGCAUUGAGUAGCUCCUCGUACAGAAAAUAUUAGAGCUACUUACAUACAACAAGUAACCGAGGUGUUUUUCGAGUACUUAGUUGCCUCCUACUUUUUUUUGAUUUUGAGUAGCCCUAAUUGUGCUCGAAAGGGUGUGCAGCCAAGGACUGGGGCCUUGAGAAUACGAACGAAGACCCAGCUGCAGCUUCCAAUCGGGUGAAAGUUGGAGCAGAUGCGGCGGAGCGUGCUGCACUGGCACUAUACUUGCGGCAGAUUCAAAGAAGACGAUACUUAAAGAAGACUACUCUACUUAUUCAGGUCAUUAACCUUUUAACCUUUUUUUGAGAAGGCUUCAACCGCUGAGGUCAUUUUUAGCCUUCCUCUUAUUCAAAGCAAGAAGACUAUUGAAAUAUAUUUAUAUUGACCUUUAUACCUUAAGGAGGAUUAUCAUUUGAGACGUAAGAGGUGACUUCCAGGAUGAAUUAGAUCGGUAGGGUCACGAACAAGUUCACUCGAGUGAAUGCUGGCUAGAAAUUUUAUGUCAGGCUGUAGGGUCUAUGUCUAAUAUACGAAACUCGGGCUAUGGAAGUACGAGCACGGACGCUCGAUGUCCUACCGAUGGAUGUUAUGGCCACCGCUCCUGAAGCAUGUCUAUUCUAUCAUGUUUUUCUCUCUGGUUCAUGAAAAAGUACACUCCUGUAUACAGUAUGAUCAUGGUGAUCCUUACUUCUGCUCCUAAUAAUAUUGAUGAUCCUUAGCAUGUUUUCGGUGGCGAAUAUUACAUAGCAGGAAGUAUGACGAUCUCAACGUCACACCACCUGGUCUUUAGUAGUUAUUCCAUAACUAGUAGUAUGAUGGGGGUAGUAGUAUGAUCAUACUCAUUACAGUCGAAUAGUACUCAAAAUGAGCAUGUAACAAAAACAAUAACCAAGUAUGUGUGAGAUUAUUCCCUAGGAUACUCGGUUACUUCAGUUUUUCGAGUAGUGCCCAAGGGUAAUCCAGAGCUUUUGCAGCUGGUGAAAAAGUAAGAUGAAGCCUCAUCUGUGAGUAGCUCUAAUUUUGAGAAGCGAAGGUCAACAGCUGCUGGAGGCACGUUGUUAUGCCAUCCUCUAUUGAAAUCCAUCGGAAAGUGUGCCUUACUCUAUUUUUUUUUUAGUGCCGGUAUAGAAAGCCUUUCGCAGGUUUUUUUACUACUUCCUUUUUCUUUUCCUAGUUAGCUUGGCUCCACCCGUAAUAAUAUAAGAGAGAUAGAGUGGAAUGGGUGUUGUCUCAAUAACUCUUAUUAUCUUUCGCACCCAACCCCCACGUGCGGAUUGCCUGCCGACUAGAUUCGCACGUGGUAUUACUAACAAGAAAGCAUAGAGUGAUUUCUUGUUUGACUUCUUUGGCAGGACGCUCAUCGGUUUGACAUGAUGGACAGGGGCAAUUGACAUGAUGUUCAAGGGAAAUCCUUUAUUAAGGGAAAGGAGUGACGUUCAGAUGGAUUUUUGAGGCUGUUGCUAACUAAACAAGAGGAUGAAAAGAAGGUGUGUGCUGAAAACAACGUCUUUAGCUUGGAGAAAGUUGGUGGAAUCAGCAGCAGCGGGGCUUUAAGGCUACUCGAAAAGUGAAAAUAAGCGAGUACUAGCUAACUGAUAAAUAUAAAAACAGAGUCACUGCGGAGCUGCUAGCUCUUCUUUCAGUAUCUCGAUUAUUCGAAGUACCUCUUUUUACUCGCUUAUUUCAGUUUAUCGAUUACCUCUGAAGCAUUCUUGGUAGCAUUCUUGGCUCUUUUUGUACUCAGCAUCCUUCGAAAGUUAAAAAGCAGCAAGUAACUUCUAAGUUCAAGAUUGCAAGUAACUAAGUUCUCUUUAGUUACAGUAGCUCCCUUUGCUCUAAUGGUUGGAGACGAAAGGGCACAGGCCCAGCUUCGAAUCUUGGAUAAGUCGCCGGAACUUGCAGAGCUAGCUUUGCUUCUAGAGUUAAGGCUCAGCACUUUUAGUUUUACUUACGAUGAGUAAGUACUUAUUCGAUCUCGAUAGAUGUAGUAUCUUUCUGUUAAGAAAAUUCUAGUGUUAAGAAAAGACUGCAUUAAGAAAAGACACCAUGACGCCUGUAAGCAGUCUGCAGUGAUUUUCGUGCGAGAGUAAUUGCGUUGUAUUGUAUUGUAUUGUAUUGUAUAGUAGUUAGUUGUGUGAUGUACUUAGUGUUUCCAUGAGGUCGGCGACGUAACGUAUGGGAGCCUUAGCAGGAUAGUGUUGCUGUAGCAUUUGACAUAGGGGACCAUAUUGUAGCUGAUGUAGUGUCUUUGAAGAAGAUUUUCAUGUUAAAUCUGUAGAGUAGAAGUACAAGGAUGCUGCCGCUUUCUUUUUUCUAGCUUUAAGGCUCCACUGGGAAGUAUGUGACCAUUAGCACUAGGAGAAGAAGUGUAGAUAUCUCAUGCACCCUACAGAUCUCUUAUUGCACCUUCUAUAGAUAAUAUCUUCUGUAAAGUCUAUAGAUAACUUCUCUCGUCGUGUUAGAAGUUCUCCGUUUCUAGUCGCUGUCUUUCACUAGAAGACGAGGACACAAAUGAGAUGCUUUUAUACGUGUUUGUUAGACCACGAGGCCACAAAGAUGCUUUAUUUCAACGUUUUUCUUGCAGGGCAGCGCCUAACCUUAUACUUAUAUCUAAGAUUCUUAAACAAGAGAUGAGACAAGUAGAAUUGUGGUCCUCCUACGUUUUAGAUUUGAGAAGUCAUCUAGUGAGCCAACCGUUUAGUCUAAUCUAACUGAUCUGAUUAGGAUCUAACUGACUUUUAGAUCUAAACUCUACAAACUAACAACUGAUCUAACUCUAGACUAGUUUCUGACUCGAGUAGUCGACUCGAGACUAGUUCCUGGCCCGUCGAGUAGUCGACUGUAGACUAGUUCCUGACUCGAGUAGUCGCCUUCUAGUCAUCACCAUAUCGCUCCCGAGCGUAGAGGUGCGGCAGUCGCAGCUGUGGGGAGGUCGGUGCCUGCGGAGGCAACCUGAUCGAUUGACUGAUUGGCUGCCACCGUCUAACUUUAGUACAGCGAGAAGAGCACGCGACUUGGCUUAGGACGGGGAAGGAAGAAAUGACGUGGGUAGCCACUGCGGAGGUAUGGAUGACAAUUUUUCUCCCAUCUUUAAAAGGCCAUGAUCGAAGCUUCUUCAUAGGGCCCAUGCGUUUUCGUUUUGAAGGGGACGAUGAGAAGGGUAGAAGCCUCAAUGGUCUGCCUCUAGAAGAGGAGAGAAAAAUAAGCGCCAUUUUUCAUAGAAUGCUGAUGGAGUUGUGACCCCCUUGUCGGACCUAGAAACGACAUGGG